UCAUAUAUGUUGUUAUCUUUUUGAUAAAAGUAUCAUAUCAUAUAUAUAUCAUCAUAUCAUACAUUGUUUUGGCAUAUGUAUUCAGACUUUGACCUAGUAAGAGGUGUAUUAAAAAGUGAAUAAAGUGUAAAACAACUUGACAAUGUUGAAAUUAAAUAAUCAAGCUGUAACUGAUGAUCAGCUUAAGGAAUUGUUUCCGGAUUUACCAGCAGGUCCAUUAGAUGUGUAUAGAAAGAAAGCCAGAUUCGACUGGCGUCGUAUGAAACUUGUUUACGAUAAUUUGGAGACAUUAAAAUUGAAAAAUGAUAUUUGGAAUUUCAUGCGUGAAAACCCUCUCUUCCGUCACCGGGAAGCGACUCCCUCCUUGGACGAGCAAAGGCAUAUCACGACAAAGAGGAUGUAUGCAAUAUACAGUCAGAACUUCAUACCUUUAACAAAGAUCGGUGUAGAGCCUAGAUUAUUCCAAUCGGAAGCCGAAGCAUUGUUCAUGUUUGACAGUUCCCUAGCUGUCAAAAUAUCAUUGACCUUCCGAAUGUUCUCGAAUGUGAUCCAAGGCAGUGGUCGUAGUCACCAUUACUCUUACAUAGACCAGGCACAGCAAGGAGAGAUAGGAGGGUGCUUCGCUCUGACAGAAGUGUCCCAUGGAUCCAAUGCUAAAGGCAUGAGAACUACCGCCACAUAUUGUCCGGAAAAGAAACAGUUCAUCAUGCAUACACCGGACUUUGAGGCUGCAAAGUUCUGGGUAGGAUCAUUAGGGAAAUGCGCGACUCAUGCGAUAGUGUACGCAAUGUUGAUCUCCAAAGGCAAGAACCACGGAUUGCACUCCUUUGUGGUGCCAAUUAGAGAUCCCAAGACCUUAAAGCCAUACCCGGGGGUCACUGUGGGGGACAUUGGAGAGAAGAUUGGACUUAAUGGAAUUGAUAAUGGUUUUAUGAUGUUCAACAACUAUCAUUUACCUAAGGAGGCGAUAUUAGACAAGUUUGGUGGUGUGGAUGACAACGGAGACUACAAAACUCCAUUCCGAGACCCCAACAAGAGGUUCGGUGCCUCAUUAGGUAUUCUGUCAGGAGGUAGAGUGCAUAUAACAUCAAUAUCUGCCAACUACAUGCAGAAGGCCAUCGUAAUCGCCAUCCGCUACUCCGCAGUCAGGAAGCAGUUCGGACCUGACAACUCCAGCGAGGAGUUACCAGUGCUGGAGUAUCAACAACAGCAAGUCCGGUUGUUGCCGCACUUGGCUACCACAUUUGCACUGCGGAUAUUCUGCACGUGGUUCGGAGCUGUGCACAUCACUAUGGCCAUAGAUAAUAUCACUGGUGGGAGUGGGCAGGACUCUGCCAGCCUGGGCAUAGAGUUGCAUGCGCUGUCAUGUGCAGCUAAGCCAGUGUGCGCCUGGGCAGCGCGCGACGCCAUACAGGCCUGCAGAGAGGCCACCGGGGGACAUGGAUAUCUUAAAGCAUCAGCUCUAGGCGAGUUGCGUAACGAUAAUGACGCGAACUGCACAUACGAGGGCGAGAACAGCCUCCUGCUGCAGCAGACCAGCAACUGGCUGCUGGCAGUGUGGCCGCGCAAACACCAACUCUCACCAUCCGACCAUCCGCUCACCUCCCUGAACUUCCUGGAGAAUGCUGACCACAUCCUCAACAACACCUGUCCCUGGACGAAGGUUGAAGAUAUGAUGGAGCCAGCCAAUAUAAUAGAGAUGUACAAAUGGCUGACGGCUUACACAUUGAAGACUACGUACGAGAAGGUGGAGAGCCUGAAAGCGGCGGGCAGAGACAACUUCCAGGCCAAGAACGAAUCACAGCCGUACAAUGCCACCACGCUCUCUAUUGUCUAUGGAGAGAAUUUCAUUUUGAAUCAUUUCUACAAGAGUGCGAAAGAUUUCCACGACUUGGAGUGCAGGAAGGUGUUGCUGAAACUGGUCUCGCUGUACGGCGUCUUCCUUCUUGAGAAACAUCUCGCCACAUUCUACAUUGGUGGGUACUUGUCGGGGCGGGGGAGGGGGGGUGUGUGUGUGCGCGAGGCGGUGACACAGCUGAGCGGUGUGCUGGCGGGCGCUGCGCCCGCGCUGGCUGACACGCUCGCCCCGCCCGACUGGUGCAUCAACUCUGUGCUCGGACACGCUGAUGGCGAGGUAUACAAGCACCUGCAGAACAACGUGAUGACGUACCCGGGGGCUCUGGCGCGCCCCGAGUGGUGGCGCGACGUUGUGCACUGGCAGACAUAUGCCACCUCCAAAUUAUAACAAGCAACACAAUAAAAGCAUGUUAAGAUCAAUUAUUUUUACAUUUUACACACUUCAGAUGAAUUAUAUUACAUUUUGCACACUGCAAAAGUGGUGAUUUCACACAUUACAGAUGACUGAUUUUACAUUUUACACACUGCAAAAGAGGUGAUUUUACACAUUACAGAUGAAUAAAUUUACAUUUUACAAACUGCAAAAGAGGUGAUUUUACACAUUAUAGAUGAGUAUUCUUACAUUUUACACACUGCAAAAGAGGUGAUUUUACACAUUAUAGAUGAGUAUUUUUACAUUUUACACACUGCAAAUGAUGUGAUUUUACACAUUGCAGAUGAAUGAUUUUACAUUUUACACACUGCAAAAGAGGUGAUUUUACACACUACAGACGAGAUGAUGUUGCAUUUUACACACAAAAUACUUUAAGUAAAAGUGAUAUAAAAUAAUUUUAUAAAGACGUUUUAUAUUUAAUUGAUUUAUAUAAUGUG